CUUCGGAAUAUAGAUUUUGUUGAGGCGUUUUGCCUGAGUUUGGAAAACAUUAGGGGAGGACUGCCUUCAAACUAUUAUGGACACAAUCUGUUAACAUAUGUACACAUUUCCGUGUGACACGGCAGAGAAGUGCAUAGAGUAUUUAUAGGAACCGGCUUUUAUAACGCUAUCAGCGGACUCGAGCCAGUAUGGAAAUCGAUGGGAAUUCAUUGUUUGUGGAGAUUCACCCACAUCAUCAUGAAGCAGGAAUAGCAAAGCGACGGAAACUUUUUUGAUCAGUGCUCGGAGUGUUUUUGUUCUUUAUAUUUUACUUUUUUUUUUUUAAAGAAAAUAAAAAUCGGUGUGUUUUUAAUCAAAGACAAGUGGAAAGAAAUUUCAAGCGAGAGCCUGUGAGAAAAGAAGCUGUCCCAUGUAACGAAACGUAAUAGUUUAAGUUUGUUUUAGCUAGUUUUAUAGAGAUUUUUUUUGUAGUCCUAGUUUUUGUACAAAUACUAUAUCAUCAAUUGGGUGUAUAUAAGGCACCCGAUAUAACUUUUGAAGCCAUGUCUGAGAGAAAAUUGUAAGCGGUUUUUAACAAGUUUUACGAAGUUGUUUAGGCUACUACACCAAAGAUGAGGUCUUCUUUGGCUCCCGGCAUUAGACUGAUCACGUCCUUCUCAAGAGACAGCUGGUACCGAGGUUUCACCCUCUUCCUCACCUUCCUCUUCUAUACCAGCUACCAUCUCUCCCGGAAACCCAUCAGCAUCAUUAAGAGUCAGCUGCACAGAAAUUGUUCCACCCUCAUUCGACCUCCAAACCUCAAUGGAACGGACAAUGAAACCUGGUGUGACUGGGUGCCCUUUGACCAGGACAACUACAAGACACUGUUUGGAGCCGUGGACAACUCCUUCCUGGUUGCUUAUGCCAUUGGCAUGUUUUUCAGUGGGAUAUUUGGAGAGCGCGUGCCCCUGCGCUACUACUUGACCAUCGGUAUGCUUCUCAGUGGUCUCUUCACAUGUCUGUUAGGCCUGGGCUUCUACUUGAACAUCCACUCAAUAUGGUACUACGCCUUCUUCCAGGCAAUGAAUGGACUGGUGCAGACGACAGGCUGGCCUGCAGUGGUGGCCUGCGUUGGGAACUGGUUCGGAAAAGGGAAGCGAGGAUUCAUCAUGGGCGUCUGGAACUCCCACACCUCGGUAGGCAACAUACUGGGCUCACUCAUCGCUGGCGUCUUCGUAUCUUCGGCCUGGGGCAUGUCCUUCAUCGUGCCUGGCAUCAUCAUCGCCUCCACUGGCGUUCUCUGUUUCUUCUUCCUGGUGGAAAAACCAGAAGAUAUCGGUUGCAGCCCUCCACAACACCAUGAGGACAAUGAGAAGGAGCCUCUCUUACAGAACUCAUCCAGUAAUGAGAUCUUCAGCAGUCCUGGCCAGUCCAACUCUAUCUCCUCUGAGUCGGCAGAGGAGCACACCAAGGCCAUCAGCUUCUGCGGGGCCCUCAGGAUACCUGGCGUGAUGGAGUUCUCCCUCUGUCUUCUGUUCGCUAAGCUCGUUAGCUACACCUUCCUCUACUGGCUUCCUCUCUACAUUGCUAACGUUGCCCAUUUUGACCCCAAGGAAGCUGGGGACAUGUCAACACUAUUUGAUGUAGGAGGAAUUGUUGGGGGCAUCGUGGCUGGACUGGUGUCGGACCAAACUGGGGGCAGAGCCUCUACCUGCUGUGUCAUGUUAAUCCUGGCUGCCCCUAUGCUGUUCCUGUACAACCACAUUGGACAGCAUAGCCUAGCAACCACAAUCGGGAUGCUGUUGGUGUGCGGAGCCCUGGUGAACGGACCCUACGCCCUCAUCACCACCGCUGUGUCUGCUGACCUGGGGACGCAUGAGAGCCUGAGAGGAAAUUCUAGAGCAUUGUCAACGGUCACUGCGAUUAUUGACGGCACAGGGUCAAUAGGUGCCGCCCUAGGUCCUUUGUUAGCAGGGCUGAUCUCUCCGACGGGAUGGAACAAUGUCUUUUUCAUGCUGAUCACUGCUGAUAUCCUCGCCUGUUUGCUGCUGUCCAGGCUGGUGUAUAAAGAGGUGAGGGGCUGGUGUGGACACAGCCCCAGACAUAGAGGGUUCAAAGAAAUCUGAGUGGCCGCCUGGGACAAGAGACCGUAUCACACCUGCGAGGAAGGGCGCAGGAAAAAUGACCCAGUAAUAAUCCCUGAGGCACACCGUGAUUCAUACAGUACUGGUCCUUUCAUCCUUCAGCCUUAAUAGAUCCAUACCUCGUCACCAGCAGAUGAAAGGAGCUGAAAAAGGAGGAAGGGGCCAUUGAUAUUCUGGGACCGUCUGACAGAGAGAACAUGUCCCUUCCUCAAGUGACCGCAAAGCUCUUUCUCUUUUAAACCCCAAAAAAUACACUUUAAAACAUGUUUUUAUAGACUGUCUCUCUUAUAGCCCCUCUCAGUGCUGUGUGCAUCUUUCAUGUUUUAUCAUUACAAUUCUGUGCACACUGUGCCUUUCCCCAAUCUCCCCUCCAGUUGACAUCACAUACCAGUAUUGGGCAAGUUGAAUACAGGGGGAGCUCAUUUUGCACAGCCGAGGGAUGCCAAACUACAUAAGCAGUAAAGGAGGAGUUUCAAGGUAAUCAAGGGCUGUGGAGGUGAAUGUCAUCACCAACAAAAACUCAACGGAUAAGGAAAAGUUUGCUGACUGAUCAAAAACAAAUCUGACUGCACCAUCACAUUAUUCCAUUUGUCUCUGAUGCAAAUGUUUGUUGAAAUGUUUAUUGAUCAAUGAUUAGAAGUUAGUUUUUAUCCUCCAUGUGCACUUCGUUGUUUUGUUUUUGACUCCACCCCUCCUAGCCGGCCCUGUUGUCAAUUUUGAGCAGGGUAUGUGAUGAUACUGAUGGUUUGUCUGGACUAAACGUUUUUACGGUUGUGGCUAGAUAACGAGUUCCCAAACUUUUUUUGUCCCACGACCCCUUUCAAUUUUGUUUGUGACGCCCCCCCCUGCCCACCAUGUAAAAAAAUAAAAUAAUAAUUGCCAAACGGCCAACAUUUACUUUUUUUAAAUUGUCUAUAACCGUCUAUUACAAAUCAAUCUGACAGCACUUUUGACAGUAUUUCAAUCUGAAGGAAGUAUGGUUUGAAAUGACUGAAAUGCAUCAGCGGUAUUGGGAAGUUCAGAAGAUCAUCAGUCAAUAAUUCUGUGUAGAAAAGAAUACCAUCAUUGAUGAUCCCCCCCCAGUUUGAUUUAGUUAGCGCCUAGUCUUUUGCACUCUGUUCUAAUGAGUCCUGCGUGGCUUGUGGGCAUUGUAGAGGAAAACAUACGUGUUCCUAAGAGUCUUAUCUUUCAGUCAUGGGGUCAUAAUAUUUUGUAGCUUAAACCAUUCAAAGGAUAGAGCCACAUUUGUAGGAAGAAAACAGAAACCACUCUGUUUAUUACAACUAAAACUUGCAGCUUCUAUGAACUAAGCAAGAUUUCAGACUUUCUCUUGCGACCCCCAUUGGAAAACGGUGGGCUAGAUGGAGUUCAGCUAUGGAGAGAAGUUUCUGUACAUGGCACGUUAGGAUAAAUAAUUUAGCAGCUUAAGAGAAUGAAGUUAAGGUUAGGAAAAGGGUUGGGCUUAGCUAAAAUGCAACGUUUGUCAACAACUGUUGUCCUCGACGCGACAUCUAGAUGGAGCUGUACUCCAUCUAGUCACAAUCGUAGGAACCAUCUAUCCCGACAAACCAUCGGUAUCAUAACAGGGGUUUUGACUUUUGCCGUCGGGCUCCUAAAUUGCAAGUUGACAAACAGCCAGGGGACCGAGCCAUGCAAAACGAGCUCACCCAAUGUUUUCACGUGUGACUUUGAUUGUAAAUGUAUCUCUUUUAGUGGCACGCUACCUACUCUCCUACAUUUAUUUGGCAGAGAAGCUAAAAAUGUAAUUUGGCUCUAUACUCCAGCUUUUUGGAUUUGAAAUCAAAUGAGCCGAAAAUACAUCAUUUUUUAUUUUGGGGUGUUUUGUUAGUGGAAUUAAAUUUCUAUAUGUUUAAUACCCAAUUAAAGUAAUACACUCAGCCCAUUUCUAAGGAUUUGUAAGAAACUUAUUUGCAUAAAAUGGGCGGACACCUGUCUCAAAAUCAA